UUAAAAUCCGGAAAUAUCCGUGUUUGAAAAUUUCAAAUAGUUGACAUCAAGAACAUAUCCGGUGUAUUGUGGUGCGCGAAGAGCGAAGAAAAGUGAUAAAAGAAAUGGCAGAUAGUGAUGAUGAAUAUGAUAGAAGAAAAGGUCGGGAGAAAUUCAGAAGAGAACGGAAUGAUUAUGAAAGGCGUGAGGAAAGAAGAAGUCGUGAUCCACGAGACGUUUGGGAUAGAGAAAGUACAAAAUUUAGGUCAUCUGGUCGUGCUAGAGAGGCAUGGAACAGCAGAAGCAGAGAAAGGCACGAUCCUUACAGAGAAUACGAGGCAAGACGGAGGGAAAGGUACAGUCCAAGUGCCAGACGAGAUAUGAGUCCACCUCAUGCUAAACGAAUGAGACGUGAUUGGGAUGACCAAGGAGGAUACGCUCCGUAUGACAUGGGUGGAUAUGGAGGAGCUCCAAUGCAGCCACCACCUACCUGGGGCCCUUCUCCAGAUAUGAGAGGCCCUCCACAGGGUGAAUUUAGCCCUGGACAAGGAGGAAGGGAUAUAGACUUUCCCACACAGCCACCAAUGCUGACAUUCAAACAGUUUUUAACACAACAAGAAGACAACAUCAGUGACCAAGAUGCCAUCAAAAAAUACAAUGAGUACAAAGACGAGUUUAAACGACAACAGAUAAAUGAAUUCUUCUUGGCUCACAAAGAGGAAGAAUGGUUUAAGACAAAAUAUAACCCAGAUGAAUGUGAAAAGAGACACAAGGAAGUGAAGAAGGCCUUACAGCAUCGCUGCAGUGUUUAUAUGGAGCUCCUGGAUUCGGGCAGGAUAGAGGCCACAUGGGUGGACUUUGAAAAGUCUGAUGAAGUUGUUAAACUUCUAGAUGCUGCUGUCAUCAAGAUGGAGGGAGGGACCGAUUUUGAUUUAACUGUGUUAGACCAAAUCAUGGAAGAAGAAAAGGAUGGACACCGGAGUCGUAACAAUUCAGAGUCUGUACCAAUGGAAAGCCCAGAUGAAAAGAAAAAGAGAAAAAGAUCUGUUUCGAAUGACAAGAAACCAGAUGAACCCUUGAAAUUACCGAUAUCAGCUGAACAGAAGGAGCUUAUGAAAAAAGCUCAGGAGUUUUCUAAACAACAACAAGCCAAAAAUGGUAGCGAGUCUAAUUCGCCUGUGCUGGAGGAAAGCAACGUUAAGGAAAUGAAGAAACCCAAGAAAAAGAAGCGACACCGCGAUAAGGCUGGCUAUGACUAUGAGAGUGGCUCCGAGUCUGAGAGUGGCAGUGAUUCUGAGUCUGAGCCAGUCCCUCCAGGACUGGAGGAGUCCGGUGAGAUAGCAGACGGAGAAAAAUCUGAAGAUGGAGAAGAACAAAACAUAUCAUCUUCAACAGAAGCCUCUAAAACAAAGGAGGAGGAAACACGUAAAGAAUCCGUCAUGUCUGAUGGGGAAGACAAGGAUCAGGACACUACUGAGGAGAAGAAUGACAAGAAAGAGAGCAAUCCUAAACCCAGGGCACUCCACAAAACCUCCUCCAUCUUCCUCCGGAAUCUAGCCCCAUCCAUCACUAAACAGGAAGUGGAAGCUAUGUGCAAGAGAUACCCUGGAUUUGUCAGAGUUGCUCUUCAGGACCCACAGGCUGAGAGGAGGUUCUUCAGAAGGGCUUGGGUCACAUUUGAAAGAGAUGUCAAUAUUAAGGAAAUCUGCUGGAACCUCAACAAUAUUAGGCUGAGGGACUGUGAACUUGGAGCCACUUUGAAUCGUGAACUGAAGCAGAGAGUUCGACCCGUCAAUGGAAUCUCAGCCCAUAAGCAAAUUGUUCGUGCUGAUGUCAAACAAGCAGCUAGAAUUAUCCAAAAUUUGGACUCCAAGUGGGGAAUGUGGGAAGAUCCUGAGGAAGAGAAAAAGGACAAAUCAAAAGAGAGCUCGUUUAGUUUCACAUCAAAGAAUCCUGUAUUAAAGAAUAUCACGGACUAUCUCGUGGAGGAGGGAAGUUAUGAGGAGGAAGAGUUGCUGGGGGAGAAAAUGGAGGAUGGAGAAAAAGAAUCAAGCAAUGAAGUGACAGUGGAAAGAGAUGAGCGCAUGAUCAAGGCUUUAGACAGGAUGAUAUUGUAUCUGAGGAUUGUGUAUUCCAUUGAUUACUACAGCGCUAAUGAGUAUCCUAACGAGGAUGAAAUGCCACACAGAUGUGGAAUCAUGCACUGCCGGGGAGUACCCCCCACCACCAAAAUCACACAGCAAGAUGUAAAUGACUGGAUUACCAACACAGAAAACAAACUGAAGCAGUUUACAGAGGUCCAAGAGAAACUGUCUGAGGAAGACUCUAUCAAAUUUGGCAGGAAAGAUCCUGAGGCAGAGGUGGAGAAGUUUGUGACACUCAACACGCAAGAACUCUCCAAAGACAAAUGGUUGUGUCCAAUCAGUGGCAAGAAAUUCAAAGGCCCCGAGUUUGUCAGGAAACAUAUCUUUAACAAACAUGGGGAGAAAGUGGAUGAGGUCAGGACGGAGGUUUCUUUCUUCAAUAACUAUUUGAUGGAUCCCAAAAGACCAGCACUACAAGAACAUCCUAAAAAUAAACAGAAAGAGGGCCCCUCCAGGGAGCAGUUUCCUAGCCCUAGUGCUGGCUACCAGGCCCCUCCUCAGCAGGGAAUGAUGGGAUACAGUCAACCAAUGGCACCUCCCAUGAGGAGUUACGGUUCUGGUAACAAUGCCCCUCACCACUAUCCAUCUCCAGGAUAUGGAAACCAUGACUACCGGGGUGAUUAUCGAAGGUCAGCAGGAGGAUACAGAGGUCAUUUCAGAUCUAAUGUUGCUAUGAAGCGGAAUUCUGAACAAUCCAAUCUUUCUAUGAAGCGGAAUUCUCAACACCGUCGAUCAGAUCCCAGGGGAAUUAUUGAAUACAGAGACCUUGAUGCUCCUGAUGACGGAGAUAUUUUCUGAGAGAGUGAUGCAAUAUGCCAAGAGUACCUGACAUUACUUCAGUGAUAUUGCCAAGUUAACAGAGAUGAACUGUACAUAAUGUGUAUAUACAGGUCGUUUUAUCGUGCUGUAGGCCAAUCUAGAAUGGGUGUUGAAGAGGCUCUGAUAAAAUAAAGCAGAGAGAAAGUAGUAUUUUAGAAUAGAUUUUUAAGUGCAUUUUAUCUUAAGGUUACAUGUAAGUACAUGCAUGAAGUGUGACAGUAACCUAAAUGUAUAUAUGUAUUUACAUUUAUAUAUAUACUAUAAAAUGAACAUGGAAUAUGCUGAAUUUAACAAGGAAUUUGAUCAUGUCAUUCUUGUAUACAUCAAAAUUUUGCCGUCAUCAUGAGCUUCAUUUUCAUAGAGUCAGCAAUUGUGAAUAAAAUCAAUGAAACUAU